UGCCCACGUGACCGCGCUCGUAGGGCUGGCCACUCGUCCGCUCCCUCAGACGUGGCCCUUCCCUUUUAACUCAGUUUCGCAAGAAAACGCCUGGAAAUGGAUCGGGACUUCGCUAUCUUUAAACAGAGCCGACACAAGCGUAAGAAUAAGGGACUGAACCACAGUCUGUAGGAGUGGUAACCACCGAUCGUGAAAGGCUGGGAAUUGGCAUUUCUUUUUAGACAGCUGUUACUUAGACAUGGAUUUCGACAAACCGAGACACAAUGGGAAUGUAAUCUUAGUAGUUACUGCCUUGCAGACAAAUUUUUCUUCAAAUGUUUUUCCAAAAUUCAUGCAAAAGGACAAGGACAUUCCUGGUUUUAUCUAGUUCCUCACAUGUACAGCUGUCUCUAGGUGGCCAUUUUUCCACCCUCAGCAGCAAAAGCCACAGGCUCCACCCUCCAGUUCUAGUUGGUUGAGAACAUCCUUCCUGAUCUCUCAGUCUCCCGGGCCCAGGAGUUCCCCACUCCUCGCCUAACCCCUCAGCCCUUGCAGCACAGGGCUUCAAGACAGGGCUUGUUCAGUCUGUAUUCCCCCUGUGAGUGAGGCACAGUGCGAGCUCCGUACGGCCUCCCUGCAGUUUUGCUGCUCUCCAUCCUCUCAGGAGAAAGAGUGCCCAGAGGCUGAUGGGCACAUGCAGGUGUACACAAAGGUCCUCACAUAACGGGGGGACAGGAACAUCCUGGAGGCAGCAGGUGCUCAACAAGCCAGGAUCUAAGAAGCAGGAGUAGUGGUUGUAAUCCAGCAGUGCUUAUGAGAAUAAUACCACCUCCUUCUUCACCAGUCCAAAAUCCCACCAGAGUCUUUGCUGGUAGAGAGGCCUUGAUGCAGCUGUACUUAGACAAGAGGAGGACAACAACUGUGCUUGUCAAACCACCUCAGCUCCUCAUACAGGAGAAGCUUUCUGCCAAAAUCCCAGCUGCACUGCCAUCCUACUCUGCUGACCCAGACCAAGUCUCACUGUCAGUCUGCUGCUGUGACAUCACUGAAUAAAAUGCCCGUUUUCCUGAGCAGAAAAAAUCCUGAUUUCCCAUCUUGAUUCUUCUUUCUUACCCUUGUGAAGUCAAGCUGCCCAGCCACUGCUAGCCCUGCUCUAGACUUACAGGGCAGCUGCCAAAGCUUUGCUUUCCUGUGCAAGCAACCUCACACUCCCCUUAGCCCAGACGAGGGGUGGAGCAGCAGCAGAAGGAGCAGAAGACAACCACAAGUCACUGGGGUUAAAGCAGGCAGGAGGACCCCAAGGCACAGAGCCAUGAUCAUACCCAUGCUUCAAAGUCCUGCACAGCUCAAGAGAAGUGCCUGGAUCCAGGAGGUUUCUGGUAAAGCUGGUCCUUGGCAUAGAACUUUUCAAAGCCGUUCGGACCACUUGGAACAAGGACAGCUGUGAGUAAAAGCCCGGAAAGUUUCCAGGGAAGACCUAAGGAUGUUCUGGAUCUUCUGUGGUAUAGACCAAAGGAUUAUGGACUCUUCAAACUGUACUUUAAAAAAUAACUUGAAGCACUAGUAAAAAGAUGAUAAAGCUAGAUGCUAAUCUUUACAUCAAUCAGGACUCUCUAUGCCUGGAGCUCAUUUGCCUUGCAAAUACUCUAUUGUUACAUUCUGUGUCCCUCCCUACUCACUUAAAUGAUUAACUCCACCCCAGAAAAAAACUUUUGUAGAAAUUUCUGGAGGAGAGACGGAUCUUGCCCCUCAAACCAUGGGGCCUGUCAGCUACUCAUCAGAGACCUAUGACUUGAGCCAGGUGGAGUUGAGUGGUUACUACGAAGCUGAGAACACCACCCCUUCUUUGGAGGGCUACUUCUGCUUUAACCCAGCCUCAUCUGUGGUUGGCAACCAGGGAGACCCCUUCAGAAAGGUCUUCAUGCCCCUCAUCUAUCUGUUGAUGUUUGUGUUGGGGACUUUGGGCAAUGUCCUGGUCCUGGUCAUUUUAGAGAGGUUCAAGCGGUCUCGCACCACCACAGAAAACUUCCUUUUCCACCUUACCCUGGCCAACCUGGCACUGUUGCUCACCUUCCCAUUCAGUGUGGUGGAGAGCUUGGCUGGGUGGCUAUUUGGGAAGUUCCUCUGCAAGAUACUCAGUGCUGUCCACAAGAUCAAUUUCUACUGCAGUAGCAUUCUGCUGGGGUGCAUCGCGGUGGACCGUUACCUGGCCAUAGUCUAUGCAAUCCACACCUACCGCAAACGCAGAGCUCGCUCCAUCCACCUCACCUGCAUGGCUGUCUGGCUCUGCUCAUUGCUUCUGACUUUACCCGAUCUCAUCUUCAUGGAAGUCUGGACAGAUGAUAGCAACCGCAGCAUUUGCUAUUUUCCAGAGGUUGGGAUUGAUGGAAACAAUGCGUGGCUGGCAACUCGCUUUCUCUACCACACCGUGGGCUUCUUUGUGCCUCUGCUGGUGAUGUGUUACUGCUACAUGGCCAUCAUCCGGGCACUGUGUCAGUCCCAGCGACUGCAGAGGCAAAAAGCUGUCCGGGUGGCCAUCCUGGUCACAGGCAUCUUCCUCCUCUGCUGGAGCCCAUACCACAUUGUCAUCUUCCUGAACACACUUACCAAGCUAGAAACCUUCACCAAGAACUGCCUCCUGGAAGACCAGCUGGAUACUGCCAUCAUGGUGACAGAGGCCAUUGGCUUCACACACUGCUGCCUCAACCCCAUCCUCUAUGCCUUUAUUGGGGUCAAGUUCCGUAAUGACUUCUUCCGGAUCCUGCAGGAGCUUGGCUGCAUAAGCCAGGAGACCCUGCAGGAGAUCCUGGAGGUGACAAGGAAGGGUAGUGGGAUAGAGUCUGACAACAUCACCUCCAUCUCCACUUUCUAGCAGUGAAAGGCUACCUGCAGGGCAGAACUGGCCUGGGGCUUUCCUUUCCAGUGCCACACUUGCUGUGGUCUCAGUUACAAGUUUCACAAACAUCCCGACAACUUUCUUCACUCUUCAGGAAACAGGUCCAAUAGCCACCAAACACCCAAACCUUGCUUGGCUCUUCCUGGUUCUCAUACUUGGUAGAGAUCCACCUGGCAGCUGUUGGUGAAUGCUGGAUGUCUGAUGGUCACUCUUGUGGGGCUGGAUGAACUUGAGUGGGUUGAACCUGACAUUCUCACCUCUCUCUCAAAAAACUGACUGCAGGCAUCGUGUGCACAAAGCCAGGCACAGGACUGGGGUGCCAGGGUUAAGGAAAAAAGUGCAGCCAAGUAAAUGAGUCAUGUCAGUAAGCAGGUCUCCAUUUCACCAGCUCAGGUUGGUACAGACAUGGACAAAUGAAGCCGUGGGACUCAGUGGCCAUAGCAACUGGAGGGAUGCAGGUAGGACUGAUGGGGGCUGCAAAGCUCAAUCCAAUAACAUGGGCUUACAGUGCUGGACACUCCUUGAUUGCAACAUUGUCCUCCUGCUGUGUGACAUUCCUCCAGCCAGCCUGAACACAUUCAUCUUCCCAACACAGCUCAUGCCAGGAGAUUCUCCCAGAGACUGAAAGAUUUGACUGUCACAGACUCCUUUCCUGACACCAUUUGCAUCCUUCCCCACUCAUUUGAUCUGUUUUACUGCUGUUAUGAUCUCCUGUGAGUGGCUGCUGAACUGAAUGCCUGACUAUGGAAAAGUUUUCCUUUAAGGAAGAACACCAUCUGAUGAGGUGGCUUCUGUCUUGUGACUGCACACAGGAUAGAAACCACCCAACUUUGCAAGACUGGUGGUAUAACUUUUUUUUUUUUUUUUUUUUGGCAGCUAGUUGUAUGGCUAUUUAUGGGUACUGAGAGCAAGGAGACUCACAGCCCCAGAGUAAGGGAAAGAGCUCGUUUGCAUAAUUUCUCUUGGUUUUUCGCAAGGCUAGAGGAAAUGUAGCAUUUUGCUUUGUACUAUGUUUUCUGAUAUUUCCUCCACCUGCACCUACAGGGCUUUCAGAGAUUAAGUGCAUCCAGGUGUACAGGGAACAAAACUGAGUGGUGAUCUUGCCCGAACUGCAAGUAUGCAGAAACUGAUCAGAUCAGGGCAGCUUGAUGAUAAUUUGGUUCAAAGUAAGAGCAGCAGCUUUCCCCAUCAUUAAUUGUUGCACUGCAAACUGGUGUGUGGGAAAACCCCAGCAGACUCAAGACAGCCUGCUGCUACCUAGGAGGUCUUGUCACAGUUUAAACGGCAGUGGGCCCACAACACUGCUCCAUGACAUUUCUGUUCCUAAAGAGUGCUGUGGCCUGAACUGUAGGAGAGCCAUACAUACCAAUGUCACAUGAGCACGACCCUCCUCACAAGCACACUUUAAAAUCUGCUCUACCCUUCACCUCACAUUUUAAGCAAUGUUGAAACAAUGUUAGUUCUCCUGCAGCAGCAGGAAUUUUGUGUUAACCUCACUUCUGAAGUUCAUCCCACUAGCAGAGAGCUCGGUCCCAGGUGAACUUCACGGUACUCAAAGGCCGUGCUAAAAAGACCAGUCAUUAUGGAAGGGGCCACAUUACCUAAGCCCGACUCAGGCAGAGAUCUCAAUAGCUUGAUCUCACAUUGUGACUUGAGGAGAAAACUCACCUAGUAUAAGGCACUCCACCAUUCCCUGCAGCACCACAUCUUCAAAGACGAAAACUUUCAAGUAAUGGCAACUGUGGUUGUUCAGGCACAGACAUGCAGCAAAGAAGACCAAAUCUCUUAAGCCUGCACUUGUGUUCUUCAUGGUUGUUCCAGUGAGAAAACCCAUUGCAGAUGCAUUGUAAACACCUCCCCACAGCAGGUUGUGGUGACAACUGUAUUUCUACAUGAAAAUGUUAUUGAAAAAAACAAUAGUCAAAGUGCAAAAUUCUUACACUUGGUCACAAAGUAAAAAGAAAAUCUGCACUCAAAUGAGAAUGAACAGACUACACAUCUAUUGUUACUAUAGCUUUUAGCACUGGUAUGUACAAACCUUUAGGAAGUUUUGAGGUAAGCCAUAAUAAACAGGUGAAUAAAACACCAUCUUCUCAUGUAUAGUGCUUGUAAGCAGUUGUCUGUAACUGUGUCGCUUAACUCAAGGAAGAUGCACCAGAGAGCAAGCACUAAAUGGGCAAAUGGCACCUUUCUUCUGACAAGUUCUGUUUAAAGGGCUCUGAGGAGCACUUUGUUCAGAUUCCACUUCACCAGUGCCACAGAAGGCUCUGCUGUGUUCAGAGUCAGUCCAGACCUACAUUAUCUCUCUGCUCUCUUCCACUAACUGCAGCACCUCCUGCCUCAGUUUUACAGCAGCUGCUAAGCUGACUGGAAAGCUGCCCUUACACCUACAUUUGGCUCAGACAGCCUGGGAAUGGCUUGGCUCAGAGCUGGAAAACCUUCCCCAAAAAGUUGCUAGUGUUCCUCCUGCAGCUGCCUGCAGCCAGCCUGCUGAAUGGUGAUAAGAAGAAAGCAAGAGGAACUUUCCUUCACUGCAGAGGAAGCUCUGCUUUCCACUCAGCAAAACCCUUGCUUGUCCCCUCAAGGUUUGCAUGGCUGUCACAACACCUUGCCCCAGAGUGGGCUUCCCAGCUAAGUACUCAUCCUGCAGAAGCCACCCCUGCAGCCCUCGGGCAGACCUUCAGCCUCCCCUAUGGAGCUCUGCUCAGCCCCUAUCCCACAGCUACCAAGUGAGGCAGAUGCACUCUGCCCACCCAGGCCACCACAAAGGGGGACUGUGCCAAGGGGAGCUCCAAGGUGGCUCCUGCAGAAAGCAGGGAGAUGGUGUGUGGGAAGGCAAUGUCACCACUAUCCACAGCACACCCUCUGCACCCCCAGUCCUGGACUGUGCUCUGCAAACAAGGCUCCAGCAGAAAAACUAGAGUAAGCCCUGGUAUCUGAUGAAGGCAACCCCAAAGAUGCGAACACGAAGACCCUCACAACAGCACACUGCUCUGUAUUUCCUGCAGGGCAACCAAGUCUCCCAGGAGACAGAGCUGGGGUUCCAACAGAGCAUCCUGCUACACACACACAGUGAUCACAGGGCCAUGGCAGGCAGUGGAGCAUGCACGGGUGAGUGCAAAUAAGGGAACGCAUGAAUGAACAUGUGCCUGGGAGUGCUGCAGAGAAGGGGCUCCCCCAAUGCCCACACAAUC